AUGGAGGGAUGGAGUUGUCAAGUGCGGAUAGGUAUCAAGGAGGGGGUUUCUGGUGUAGGUCUUGGCACAUUCUACGCGGUGGUGGUGAUGGGAGAAAAAGAAGGUUGUGUCUUGUCUAUGGAGGGAAUGUUUGAUCGUGAUUAG